GAUAUGACAUUUUACACCCGGACAAUUAUUAGUCGCAAGCUAGUUGUCGUCCAUUACACCCCCACCAAUCUUUAAUAUCGAAAAUGAUUACUUUCUUUAAAUCGUGAUUCGAGAUGGUAUGUAGGGAUGUCAAUCCAACCCGUAACCAUGGGUACCCUAUCCGACCGUAACUGGUCAACGAGCGUAAUUACCCGCUUUGACGGGUUAAGGGGCGGUUACGGGUAAUACCCGGUUUCAAAAUAAAGGGUAGGGUACGGGUAUGGUAAUCGAUAAUACCCGCCCCGUUAUAUCCGCCCCGCUAACCAAAGGGUCAGUUUCCCUUGAGAAAUUUAGUUUAGCUACUAUUAUUGAUGAUGAAGAUGUAGACGAUUAUUAUGUUUGUGUGGAUUGUAGAAGCAAGAACAAUUAUUAUGUGUUUGCUGUUUUUAUUUGUGUAAAUUGUUGAAGCUAGAACAGUUACAAGUAUUGAGAAUUUUUAAUGGACAACAGUAUGUAUGUGCAUAUAUGUGUAUAAUUUCAUAGUUUAGGAUUCGUACCCAUGGUUACCCGAAUACCCGUGGUUAUCCGGUGGGUAGGGUAUGUUAUAUAAUUUUCAUACCCGAUGGUUAUUUGAUCGGGUAUUUUAGAAAGCUCUACCCGGCGGGUUAGGAGUUGGUAUAGGGUAAACCCGCCCUACCCAUUGCCAUCCCUAAUAAUAUGCAUUAUGGAGGGAAACUGGCUUAUCUGAAUCCGUUGAUAGGGGUGUGCAACAGUUUGAUCCAGUUCGAGUCGAUCCAACUCAUGAGUAUCGUGAUCUAGUAGUAAAAUAUAUCUUAGAACUAAGUAUCAAGUCAUUUUAUACUCUAUUUGAUAUAGUCCAAUCCAAAUAUCGAUUUGGUCCUGUGUAACCUGCUACGGACCAAAGCAUUGCACACCCGUGCAAGUUGCCGAGAUUGGAAGAAAAGACAACGCCAAAAUGUAAACGGAAAAUGAUGGUUGAUAGUUUCAAGAUCUCAUCUCCAUUCCCUGCCUCCUGCCUGCCUGCCCAUGGCAUCCAAGAUCAAACCACCAAAAUUUCUCCCUCGCCAGUCGCCAUUAACAAAGAAGAAUGAAAGAAAUGAUGAAAACGAAAGAGAACGAAUCUAGCCUUCGGCUAUUCCGAUUUCCCUCGCAACAAGGAGCCCGGUAUUAUAAAUCCUCCAUCUCCGCCACCAUUAUAAACCCUGCCCCCGCCCCGCCUUCCUCUCUCUCCGUCCCUAUAUCUCCCACUCCGCCGUUCCUCUCUCUCUUAACUCUCAUACCCACCUCCGCUUAUUGCGCCCUUCUCUCGGAGUUUCUCGUCGGCGGGCGGGUGGGUGGCCAGGUGGAUAUGGAGUUUCCCUGUGCAAUUUCGGGGGGAGAACGCACUAACCCAUCUCACUCGUAGCAAUUCGCCAUUGAUUGAUUACUCUGCCCUCUGGAUGAGAAAGCCGAAGAUGGAUCUGAGAUGGGUAUUGCCACAAUUCGACGAAGACAGCUAGCAAUACCUUGCUCCGAGGAAGACGACGGAUUGAGCUAGAGCGGCAAUGAAAAGGUCAGUUCGUCCCGUCUUCAGCAUUCUCAUAUUCGUUCUCUUCGCCGCCACUCUCAGCUUCCGGAUCCUACUCCGCCGGACCUUGUUCGCUUCAAUUGAGCUUCAGCACAAUGUAAUACUACCCUACCCUGAAACCGCCCCUGUUUUCAAUUCCACUCUGUUGAGAUACGCGGCCAUUGACAUAGGCGAGCAGAAGACCAAGCAAGAGAUCGAGCAAUUGCUGGAGGGCAAUUUCGCCAGCAGGGGGAGGUACAGAACUUUCGCUGCUUGGAGAAGGUUCAACAACCAUGACCCUAAAUCCACUUCUUCUCGGGGGUUCCCGGUAAUGCUCAGAUCCCCUGAAUUCUACCGCUACUGGCUCGACUUCCGGCGGGUUCUCCAUCUCUGGGCGAGAAACAGAAGGUACCACCCUGAUGUGAUGAACGAGCUCGUCGAGCUCGUGAAGAAACCGAUCGAGAAGCGGAAAGGAGGAUCGCCCGAUUCACGACGUUAUGCUUCCUGUGCAGUGGUGGGUAACAGUGGGAUCUUGCUGCAGAAGGAGUAUGGGGAAUUGGUCGACCGUAAUGAGAUGGUGAUGCGAUUGAACAAUGCGAGAACUGCGAAAUUCGAGAAGAAUGUUGGGGCGAAAACCGAUCUCUCGUUUGUGAAUAGCAACAUUGUGCAUCUAUGUGCUAGAUGGCCAGGUUGCUUCUGCCAUCCGUAUGGCCCUGAAGUCCCCAUUGCCAUGUACAUUUGUCAACCAGCUCAUUUCUUGGACUACACGCUAUGUAACUCGUCGCACAAGGCGCUGUUGAUCGUCACCGAUCCGCGAUUCGAUCUGCUGUGCACGAGGAUCGUGAAGUACUACUCGUUGAGGAGGUUUGCGGCGGAGACUGGGAAGUCGUUGGAUGAAUGGGGAGCUGCUCACGAUGGCUCUACGUUCCAUUACUCUUCUGGGUUGCAGGCGGUGAUGCUAGCUGCUGGGAUAUGCGAUAAGGUUGAUAUUUUUGGGUUUGGAAAAUCAAUCUCCGCGAAGCAUCAUUACCAUACGAAUCAGAAGGCUGAGCUCAAGCUACAUGAUUAUGGUGCGGAGUACGAUUUGUAUCAUGAUUUGGUGCAUAAUCCCAAGUCGAUACCUUUCAUUUCCGGCAAGUUCAUGUUCCCUCCUGUGACGAUCCAUUAUUAGACCACGGUUUGUCUUGUACUUUGUUGGCAGGCUUCCACGAAUAGUUGCACGAGAAGAAAAAGUUUGUUUCUUUAGAUGUUUUGACCCUUGUUCAUGAAAAAUGGCGAUUUGGGGUCCAUACGAAAUGUGUGGAAACUUGAUGGGUUAAUGCAAAGUAUGAAUCCUUCCACUCAUUUUUCCGGAUCUUGUUUCAUUUACGACUAUCUGUUGUUCAUAACGUGAUAGCUGAUGCUAGUGGAGAAAGAACAUUUCUUUUGGGAUACGAUUUCUUUGUUGCUGAAACUUUUGUAUCUACUACAGCCAAAUGCUGAAGAGCAGUAGCUGACAUAUACAUAUAUGUGCAGUCCUAUGUUCUUCCUGAGUUUCCAACUGCGGAAAGUACAGAACCAUUGACAAAAUUUUGGAAGAACCUCGUUUCAUGCUGCACAAAAGUUUCCUAGACAAUAAAAGCUUCCCGCUGGUCUCCGAGCAAAGGAGAUUCCCGCCAAAAGGGCGAACCGAGGCUGUACAGAAGGUUUGCCAUCGACUACUCCACACUGUUUUUAUGCAGGUUUCACAUCUUCAACUUUGGCAUUCUGCUCCUCAUACUUUUUUUCUAUGCAGGUCCUACAUCUUCAACCUCAGCAUUCUGCUCCUCGUACUUGACCGACACCAGGAACCUUAUGCUUGUCUAAAGAAGUCAACAAAGCAAGGUCAGGUUUUCAAAAUCUAGCUUUGGUGAUCAUGGAUCUAGACGAAAAGGGUAGUAAUCGAAUCACUCCGUACCAUUUUGGGAUCGUAGACUGCAUAUUCAUUAUAUUCCAGGACGCUGUCUUUAUGAUCUGAUGGCACUAGUUUCCCACAAGGAACUUUGAUCUCGUCCCUCCAAGUGAAAUGCUCCGCUUCGUCGGUCUUCUUCCUGCCUAAACCCUUGACCCCAACUUUCUUCUCUUCCAAAGUUUUGGUAUCCUCAGGUGGACGAUCUGAUGUCCAAGAGAAGCCACUGCCAGGACCAAGAACCCUUCUGGCCUAUACACAGCAGUAAAUCCAUAUCUAGCUGCUUCUGCUGCUGCAUCGGAGCAAACGAUCGCUCGCCGAGACUGCAAUCACAAACCAGCAGUGUGAGAACUCAUUCGAAAAAGAACAGAAUUUGAUCAAAACUAUCCCUACCAUGUAGCCUGGGGCAGGAAGUGAACAAACUGCAGGCAAGAACCCUUUCUGCAGAUGCCUCAGCAGGUUCGAGCUCCUCGAUCCUGGAAUACUGGAUAUAAUGAUACAAUGAAGUUGGAUAGCAAUAUUUAACUUGCUGAGCUUGAGAAAAAAAUGCAUCGGAGACUCACCACACCACAAGAGGACUUUGUUAGGCAAGGUUUUCACAUCCUCCAAGGAAGGGCUUACACUCCAUUCCACUGCAAAGAUGUCCUCAACCCUAAUACCAUAUUCCUGUAUGAGGUAAGCCCAAGCUAUUAAAUUCAUGCAACAACAGAUAUCCAAACAGUAUAAAAAAGCACAGAUGGCCCGACUCACAAUGUCUGCAACUUUGACAGGCUCAUAGGUUGUCUCCAGGUACUUCACAAUCAUCUUGUAGUCAUCAGAUUCCUUGUCAAGAGCAGAAAUGAAGCAACCUAACUUCUUGUAUCUAUCCGAAAGCGGGUCAUCCAGGGUUGCACCGGACAUAUCUCCAAUGAGGCGGGAUGCGACAUUGAUGUCUCUCACUGUCUCGCAGCCAGCUGCAGCCUACAGAUCUCGAAAAGUCAGCAGCAAUCAAUCCUAAGAAGAUUGCAAAGUGCGAUGUGGAAAGUUCAGAAUGCUGACAAUGUCUGCCAAUUGUUUGUGGUCUUUGAAGAUGAACGGCCUAGUAGAAGGCAUGAGAGUGAACCACCGCUGGCUAUGGUCGGACCAUACACCCUCCUCUUUCCGACCAGACCCUUUGGCCGAUUUAACAGCUUCCACGAAUUCAAGCAGAGCUUUCUCACCUGGAAAGAGGACUCAGUUCCUUAGACUGAAAGCAAGAGUCAUUGAAAGAGCACCCCAAGAAAGUUAUCUAUGUUACCUCUCUUCAAAUGGAUGUCAGACAACAUUCCAGUCGGCAAAUCAGGCGAGUCCAUAUCCAUCUCCAUUAACGCAUACCUUUAGAUUUCCUGGCUGCACAAGACCUUCAUGAAAUUGGCAACCUUCGGCUCAAGACUUGUAUGUAGAGAUGCUGACCCGGUCAACUCCAUCGUCCUGUAUACAAGACACCCCAUUAGCCUGUGUUUCGCUUAUCGGAAGGAUUAUUGGAAAAAAGAAUGAAGAUCUCACAUCUGUUUCCUCCAUUCUUUUGCUGUGAUAGAAAGAAAAAAAAAAGGCGGGAGACGAUAAAUCAGCUCUGUUCUA